UAAAAUGGGUCGAACCGCUAAAUUCUCUUCUGAUUUUUAUCCUAAAACCUUAAACCCUACUUUUUUAUUCGUUUCCUUCACGCCCGUCGUCCGACCGGAAUCUUCAUACUUUCUCCGACGACUUUCCGGCACUCCGGCGUGCCGGCACUGCCGGUCGCAUUCUCUCCCGUCAGUUUCGCUUCUUCGUUCGUUUCACGGCUGACAUACCACUGGAAUUCUUCUUUCGAAUCACUGUGCUUUGUUGUUGUCUUGCACCGAUCAUGGCACUUCAUUCACUUCGUCUCCGUCGCACUUUGUCUGUUCUUUCUGCUUUCCACCGCUAUGCGGCAGUAUCCAGUCAAACCCGCCACUCUAUAUUUUGUCCUUCCGCUCCGUCACUAUCCAAGUCUCCCGCUAUGAUCUCACCACGUUGGCCCUUGAGAUCGUCGUCAAUCGCUUCCUAUUCCCAGUCAUCACUUGCGAGGAAAAAAGAACCUGACGAGAUAAUACUCGAGGGCUGCGAUUACAAACACUGGCUCAUCACCAUGGACUUUAAGGACUCGAAACCCACUCCAGAGGAGAUGGUUCGAACCUAUGAAGAAACCUGUGCCAAAGGCCUAAAUAUUAGUGUGGAAGAAGCAAAACAGAAGAUGUAUGCUUGUAGUACGACUUUGUAUCAUGGGUUUCAAGCUGUGAUGACAGAAGAAGAAUCAGAGAAAUUUCGCGAUCUACCUGGUGUUGAGUUUAUAUUGCCUGAUGCUUACAUUGAUCCUGAAAAGAAAGAGUAUGGAGGAGACAAAUAUAUCAAUGGAACAAUUGUUCCAAGACCACCACCCACUCAAUAUGGUGGAAGGCAGGAGCCCAUAGAUCGUAAUGGAAAUCCGGAUCAACCAAGAUAUGAGAGGCCAACUAGAUCGGAGACAAACUCACAAGGCAAUUCAUCUUUUAAUCAACGCGAUUCUAAGCGAGGAGAUGGACACCAUUUUAGAGCUUCACAAAACUAUUUGCCACAACGUCCACCCAAAAAUUACAAUCCCCUAAGGCCCGGAGAAAGGAGAGAUCAUUCACCUAUGAACACUAGUGCUCCUGAAGGAAGAAAUUCCUAUCAAGGAGGAAGAGGUCCAAUGCCUUCUCAUCAAGAAAACUACCAGGAAAGGGGGGAGGGAAGUUAUAACCAUGUUGUGCAAGGAAAUUAUCAGCCUCAAGGAGCGCAGAGAGACUUCGUGCCUCUACCAGGCCCGGGUAAUUUUGGUAGUGGCUUUACCCCAAGGCUUGGAGAAAGGAGAGAUCAUUCACUUGUGAACACUUAUGUUUAUGAAAGAAGAGAUUCCUAUCAAGGAGGAAAAGGUCUAAUGCCUUCUCAUCGAGGAAACUACAAUCAAAGGGGGCAGGGAAGUUAUAACCAUGAUUUGCAAGAAAAUUAUCAGCCUCGAGGAGAGCAAAGAGAUUACGUGUUCCCACUAGUCCAAGGUAAUUUUGAUAGUGGCUUUUCCCCACGGCUUGGAGAAAGGAGAGAUCAUUCACCUAUUAACAUUUAUGCUACUAGAGGAAGAGAUUCCUAUCAGGGAGGAAGAGGUUUAAUGCCUUCUCAUCGUGGAAACUACAAUCUAAAGGGGCAGAGAAGUUAUAAUCAUGACCUGCAAGAAAGUCAUCAAUUUCAAGGAGAGCAGAGAGAUUAUGUCUUCCCACUAGUCCAAGGUAAUUUUGAUAGUGGCUUUACUCCACGACUUAGAGAAAGGAGAGAUCAUUCGCCUAUGAACACUUAUGCUCCUGAAGGAAGAGAUUCCUAUCAUGGAGGAAGAGGUCUAAUGCCUUCUCAUCAAGGAAACUACAAUCGAAGGGGGCAGGAAAGUUAUAACCAUGAUUUGCAAGGAAGUUAUCAGCCUCAAGGAGAGCAAAGAGAUCACGUGUUCCCACUGGUCCAAGGUAAUUUUGAUAGUAGCUUUACCCCACGACUUGGAGAAAGGAGAGAUCAUUCACCUCUAAACACUUAUGCUUCUGAAGGAAGAGAUUCCUAUCAGGGAGGAAGAGGUUUAAUGCCUUCUCAUCGAGGAAACUACAAUCAAAGGGAGCAGGAAAGUUAUAACCAUGAUGUGCAAGAAAAUUAUCAACUUCAAGGAGAGCAGAGAGAUUACGUGUUCCCAUUAGUCCAAGGUAAUUUUGAUAGUGGCUUUACCCCACGGCUCGGAGAAAGGAGAGAUCAUUCACCUAUGAACACUUAUGCUUUUGAAGGAAGAGAUUCCUAUCAGGGAGGAAGAGGUUUAAUGCCGUCUCAUCAAGGAAACUACAAUCAAAGGGGGCAGGAAAGUUAUAACCAUGAUGUGCAAGAAAAUUAUCAACCUGAAGGAGAGCAGAGAGAUUAUGUGCCCCCACUGGUCCAAGGUAAUUUUGAUAGCAACUUUACCCCACGGCUUGGAGAAAGGAGAGAUCGUUCGCCUUUGAAUAUUUAUGCUUAUGAAGGAAGAGAUUCCUAUCGGGGAGGGAAAAGUCUAAUGCCUUCUCAUCAAGGAAACUACAAUCAAAGGGGGCAAGGUAGUUAUAACCAUGAUGUGCAAGAAAAUUAUCAGCCUCAAGGAGAGCAGAGAGAUUACGUGUUUCCACUAGGCCAAGGUAAUUCUGAUGGUGGCUUUACCCCAAGGCUUGGAGAAAGGAGAGAUCAUUCACCUAUGAACACGUAUGCUCCUGUAAGAAGAGGUCUAAUGCCUUCUCAUCGAGGAAACUACAAUGAGCAGGGAAGUUAUAACCAUGAUGUACAAGGAAAUUAUUGGCCUCAAGGGGAGCAGAGAGAUUAUACACCUCCACUAGGCCAGGUUAAUUUUGGUGGUGGCUUUAGCCCAUGGCUUGGAGAAAUGAAAGAUCAUUUGCCUGUGAUCAAUUAUGCUCCCGAAGGAAGAGAUUCCUAUCAAGGAGGAAGAGGUCCCAUGCCUUUUCAUCAAGGAAACUACAAUCAAAGGGAGCAGGGAAGUUAUAACCAUGAUGUGCAAGAAAUUUAUCAGCAUGAAAGAGAGCAAAGAGUUCGUGUGCCUCCACCAGGCCAGGGUAAUUAUGGUAGUGGCUUUAAUCCUACUCAGGGUGGACCGUAUGUGCUUGGUGGAUAUUGUAGUCAUGGAGCAGGAACGCCUUAUGGUCAAGGACAGAGCCAUGGAUCUUAUCCAAACUUUACUGAAGGUGAAAGAUUCUCCCUAGGUGACCAAAGGAACGUGCGUGAAGAACAACUAAACUACAAUCAAAGGGUGCAAGUAAGCUAUAACAUGCCUCCACUAGGCCAAGGUAUUUUUGGUAGUGGCUUUACCUCAGGGCUUGAGGAAAGGAGAGAUCAUUCACUUAUGAACACUUAUGCUCCUGUAGGAAGAGAUUCUUAUCAAGGGGGAAGAUGUUCCAUGCCUUCUCAUCACAUAAACUACCAUCAAAGGUGGCACGGUAGUUAUAACCAUGUGCAAGGAAAUUAUUGGUCUCAAGGAGAGGAUAGAGAUUAUAUGUCUCCACCAAGUCAGGGAAAUUUUGGUAGUGGCUUUAAUCUCUCACGGGGUUGACCAUAUGGGCAAGGUGGAUAUCAUGGUCAUGGAGCAGGUAUGUCUUAUGUUCAAGGACAGAUUUAUCCAAGCUCUACCGAAGGUCAAGGUUUUUCCAAGAUGACCAAAGAAACAUGCUAGAAGAACAACGAAGCCACAGUUUUGGUGGACAAACAUGAAACAAACAAGUAUGGCAUUCUUAUACGGGGAGAUUCUGAGGCAGUAUGAAUAUUUAAUAUGAAGAGAUCUUUACAAAAGAUACGGGCCAUUCCAUUUUGUCUCGUGUUUCUUGCUGCUUCGAGUAUCGACUCCAACAACAGGGUUUGGUGUUCACUAUGCUGCUUCAUCUCUAGCGAAGACCAUCUCAUCGACUUACAACAUUCACCUUUGAUUCACUUUCAGCAGCCAACUUCAAGUGACUAUGUUGAUUAUCUCACACGACUAAUUCUGCUGACCAACUUAACCGAAAAAAUACAGCUGAUGAAAUUGUUUCUAAACACAAAAUUGAAAUUAUUGGUUAACAGUGAUUAACAAUAAUCUAAAAUUGAAAUUAUUGGUUAAUAGUGAUUAACAAUAAUCUUUGUAUAGUAAAUUGAGAUUAAUAAAAAAAAUCCCCGAGUGGAAACAAACCAAUCAGGCUUGAGUAUAA